UCCCCUUAACGCGGAGUGCCGCGCUCGGGCCCGGUUCCCGCCGCUCCACGGAAGCGCCUCCUGCCCGGCCCGGUGUGGGCGGGCGCCAGGGAUUCCUUUGGGAAAAUGCCGAGCCGGAAGUUUGCUGAUGGCGAGGUGGUGAUGGGCCGUUGGCCAGGAAGUGUCCUGUACUAUGAAGUACAAGUGUCUAGUUAUGAUGAUGUUGCUCAUCUUUAUACUGUUAAGUACAAAGAUGGGACUGAACUUGCAUUGAAAGAAAGUGACAUAAGGUCACUCUCAUCAUUCAAGCACAGGAAAAGCCAGUCCUCCUCGAGUUCUCCUUCCAGAAGAAGUAGUAGCAGAUCUCGAUCUCGAUCUAGAUCUCCUGGUCGGGCAGCAAGAGGCAGACGCCGUUCUUCUUCCCAAAGCAGAGAACAUAAAGAAGAUAAGAAGAAAACUGUUCAGGAAACCAGCUUAGUUCCACUGAAACCAAGUGAGAAUAACACCAGAAGCUACAACGGUGAACCUGAGAGUAAUGAAAGAAAUGACACAUCCUUCAUAUCAUUGGAACAAAAGUUCAAACCAGACCUGGAUAUAGAGCGAGUGCUUGAACAAUACAGCUUGCGUCCCAGAAAAGAGGAGAAGAAAAGAGAAGAGAUAUAUUCAGAGAAAAAGAUUUUUGAGACUAUAAAAACAAUUGAGAAAGCACCAUCAAAAACCAAGGAGCUGGAGUUUGGAGGAAGAAUUGGCACCUUCAUGAUGAUAUUUUUCCUGCCUGCUACUGUAUUCUACUUGCUUUUGGUGUGCAAACAAGAUGACCCCAGUAUUCUGAACUUCCCUCCUCCUCUCCCAGCGCUUGAAAGUCUUUGGGAAACUAGAGUGUUUGGUGUGUUUCUUCUGUGGUUUGCUCUUCAAGCUCUCUUUUACUUACUGCCAAUUGGAAAGGUUGUAGAAGGUUUGCCGCUUUCAAGUGGAAAGAAGCUGCAGUACCGGAUAAAUGGGUUUUAUGCUUUUAUCUUUACUGCUGCAAUAAUUGGAACUUUAUUAUACUUUCAACUUGAGCUUCAUUACUUGUAUGAUCACUUCAUGCAGUUUGCAGUGUCAGCUGCAGUAUUUUCUAUGGGGUUGAGCAUUUUUCUCUAUAUUCGGUCUCUGAAAGCACCUGAGGAAGAAUUAGCACCAAGUGGAAAUUCUGGGUAUUUGGUUUAUGAUUUUUUUAUUGGACAUGAAUUAAACCCUCGUAUUGGCAGUUUUGACCUCAAAUACUUCUGUGAGUUGCGUCCAGGAUUAAUUGGCUGGGUUGUUAUAAACCUGGCAAUGCUUCUGGCUGAGAUGAAGAUACACAAUUUAAGUAUGCCAUCACUGGCAAUGAUACUUGUGAAUAGCUUCCAGCUUCUCUACGUGGUGGAUGCUCUUUGGAAUGAGGAAGCUGUUUUAACUACAAUGGAUAUUACUCAUGAUGGAUUUGGAUUCAUGCUGGCAUUUGGAGAUCUGGUGUGGGUUCCCUUUGUCUACAGUCUUCAGGCCUUCUAUUUAGUUGGUCAUCCUACCACAAUUUCGUGGCCUGCUGCUGUUGCAAUUACUAUUCUGAACUGUAUUGGCUAUUACAUAUUCCGUAGUGCAAACUCUCAGAAAAACAAUUUCCGAAGGAAUCCAGCAGAUCCCAAGUUGGCCUAUCUGAAAUUUAUACCCACUGCAACUGGAAAAGGGCUUCUGGUCACGGGCUGGUGGGGUUUUGUUCGUCAUCCAAAUUACCUUGGUGACAUCAUCAUGGCUCUGGCAUGGUCUCUACCCUGUGGUUUUAGUCACAUUUUACCCUAUUUCUACGUGAUAUAUUUCAUCUGCUUGCUCGUUCAUAGAGAAGCUCGUGAUGAACAUCACUGUAAGCAAAAGUAUGGCUUGGCAUGGGAAAAGUAUUGCCAGCGUGUACCAUACCGCAUCUUCCCUUACAUCUACUAGAGCACUCCAGAUGCCUGAUUUGCAAAUUACUUCUAAAGUUAGUUUCUUUGCAAAUAAAAAUAUACCUCUUACCUUUGCACUUGGUCUAUUUGUUAUUUAGGCUUUUCUUUUUAAAAGGAGAAAAAAAAAACCCAAACCAACAGCAACCAACCAACAAAAAAGUGACCAAACAGUGGAGUGCAUCAGCAGGUAUCUGCGGAGUCAACUUAAACAUGAGUUAUGUGAACUGACUGUGACUUUAAUUUUGUUAAAAUUGUGAAUUUUAAUAUGUCUUGGAGCCCUAAUACUUCAAUUUUAUCUAGAAUCUUGAGUUUACAUUGUUUCUUUUUACUGCAUUUAUUAAGCACUGUGAUGUAAAUUAUGUUAUUUUUCUAAUACAAUGAAUACAGAAAUUCCAGUUCAGUUUUUUUUUGGGGGGUAUUGUACCAUCUAACUUCAGAUGUCUGACAUACUUGCCUGAAUUUGGAGUCUUUUUGGUCAGUGAAGCUAAAAACGAGAGAAUUUGCCUGUGCUACUGGCAAAGUGCACUGCAGCCCCAGGCCGGGAGGUAGCAGCUCACCUGAGUGUCCCCCUUCUGGCUUUUUUUUUGGUUGGGGAGGCUCAGGUGGCCCCUCCUGCCCUGCACCUGCAAGAGAGACCAAGGGAUGGGAUCAGAAGGAUCAUCCCCUUGUUCUCAAAGCAGUUUCAGCACCAGUUGAGGGGACUCUGAGCUGCCAUUUGGCAGUGCCCCUGACCAUGAAGAGUUCAGACUCCUGAAGGUAUAUGAUGCAAACACUGAGUUCAGCUGUGGGCAGAGCAGCGAACCCCAAUCCUGCAUCUGUCAUUAAAGACAGGGUAACAAAAGGUGUAGUGGACUUGUAUUUGACAGAAAGGAAUCAAAUGACCACAGCUGACUUCUUUGUAAAAUACCUUAUGUACCAUAGCAUUUCCCCACUGUGUAUAAUAAAGCCUUCACCUUUUUACUGUACAGUGUUUGGAUUUGAUAAUGCCAUAGCUUUUUUUUUUGUGUAGAAACAGGAGAAAUCAGCAGAUUCAAUCCAUUGCUUAAAAAAAAAAGUAACUUUAAAAAAAAAAAAAGUUAAUUUGGAUUAAGUUUUUUUUGUAAAUUGAUGUAUUCAUUCUGACAACAACUGAAGUGCUCCUUUAAAUAUUUGUAUCGACUCACAAAUUCAGGAGAUGCUCUCCUCGAUCCAAAGUUGAGUGUUUUAAUUUGGCAUUGCUACCUCAUCUGUAGGUUUUGCCUUUUGUACUGUUGCAGAUAGAGAAAAACAGCUAUUUUUUUGCUAUUGCUAUUUAAAACCAACGUUGUGGGGUUGUUUUUUUUUUUACAUGAGCCUGUGGUUAAACUCAACCACUUCCUAAUAUAUUUUUGUACAUACUUGACUUUUUUAACUGAUGUAUGUGUUGUAGUGGCUGUAGCUGCGUUGUCUAACUGGCUGUAAAUCAGAUGCCCUCGCAGUGUUUCCUUCCUAAGUAGGAUAACUUUAUGUUUUACUGAAAUAACCUUGCAUUAAUAACCCAGCUCUUGUCACAGCUGAGAACUUUUCAUAUGCUUCACACAUGAGGUUUUAUAGCACAAAAAAAGAAAGGCUUCAUAUAGUGCAGGUGUCACUAUUGACUGGCAGGAAGGUUCUUAAUCAAUCAGAAUGUUGCUGUUUUUCAUCAGUGAAUGCAAGUUCUGUAAAAGUGUUGAUGUAACUGAAAUCCAGCAGGUGUUUUUUUUUAAUGAGAGACCCCUCUAUUUUGUACACAGGCAUUUUUUAAACGAGAAUUGUACAUUUGAAGUGUAUAUAAUGUAGCUUGAUUGUGACAGUCUGCUCUAAAGGUCUGUUUGUUGGUGUUGUAAGGAAAAGUGCUUUAAGCCAAGUACUCGGAAGGAAAUCGCAGUGCCUGUAACCAGACUGAUUUGCUCCUGUGGUGUGGCAGGUUGAACUGGGAUGCUUGUUUUCAAUGGUUGCUCAAAGGAUUAGUGCAGAUUAGAGCAAUCAUUUUCAGUUUAAGAAUUAACACCAAUUUGCAGCUGGUGUUUUAAAAUGUACUGAAGCGGAGGCGGAUGGGACAGUUUUAGCUCCUCAGCCUUGUAAAACCAGGAGCUGCUCCUGCCAUCCCAGUUCUCUCUGUUACCACACCAGGUCCUUGACAUGUAAGUAGGAGCCCUUGUCUUUCACAAACGGAUCUUGAGCAACGACCACCUCAGUUUAUUUUUACACACUGAGUUUUAUGUGAAUUUGGUUUUGAAGUAAUUGUUUUUAAUGCGAUCAGCAAAAAUAAAGCUUCUGCUUAAACUCCA